CCCUGGAUGCGCGGCUGCCGGGUGAGAGCCGGGAGCGCAGCGCUGCGCCUUGCGCGCACCGCCCGGAGCCGGGCAGGAUGGGGUGCGCGGGGCUGCGCGUCGUGGUGCUCAGCUGCCUCCUCUCCGCGGUAUCCAGCACGCGCCCAGAGUGCAGCAUCAUGCUGGAGAUUGAAGAGGAACGCAACCAGUGCUUGGCAGAGAUCGCUGUGGAUAAUCAGACCUCAGGUUGCAGGAGGCAAUGGGACAACAUCACGUGCUGGCCUGAAGCGCAGGUGGGAGCAGUUGUGGUGAAGCCAUGCCCAAAGUACUUCAGAUUCCUCACCACUUUCCUUGGAAAUGUGACCAGGAAUUGCACAAGUCAGGGCUGGACAGAUGUGUACCCUGCACCGUAUACUGUAGCUUGCGGAUAUGAUUCCAACAGCACUCCAGGAGAAGAGCAAACGACAUUCUAUGGCACAGUCAAGACCGGCUACACCAUUGGACAUACCUUAUCGCUCAUUGCUCUCACAGCUGCUAUGAUCAUUUUAUGUCUCUUCAGAAAGUUACACUGUACUCGAAAUUAUAUUCAUAUGCACCUCUUCAUGUCCUUCAUAAUGAGAGCCAUUGCAGUCUUCAUAAAGGAUGUUAUCCUAUUUGAAAGUGGAGAACCUGAACACUGCUUUGUGAGCUCAGUAGGCUGCAAAGCCAUGAUGGUUUUCUUCCAAUACUGUGUCAUGGCCAACUUCUUCUGGCUCCUGGUGGAAGGGCUGUAUCUUCACACCCUGUUGGUCAUCUCCUUCUUUUCAGAGAGGAAGUACUUCUGGUGGUACAUCUUGAUUGGCUGGGGUGCCCCCUCCGUGUUCAUCACUGCUUGGACUAUUGUGAAGAUUUACUUUUUCAAUGUUGGGUGCUGGGAGGAAAUAAUAGAAUCCCCCAUCUGGUGGAUCAUUAAAACUCCUAUUUUGGUGUCUAUUUUGGUGAACUUCAUUCUCUUCAUUUGCAUCAUCCGUAUCUUAGUCCAGAAGUUGCAUUCCCCAGACGUUGGACACAACGAAACCAGCCAAUAUUCGAGACUGGCCAAGUCCACCUUGCUGCUGAUCCCUCUCUUUGGCAUUCACUACAUCAUGUUUGCUUUCUUCCCUGACAAUUUCAAAGCAGAAGUUAAGCUGGUCUUUGAGCUCGUGGUUGGGUCGUUCCAGGGAUUUGUGGUGGCGGUUCUGUACUGUUUCCUCAAUGGGGAGGUCCAAGCUGAGCUCAAGCGAAAGUGGCGGAGGUGGCACCUGGAGCGGUUCCUGGGCUCAGACAUGAAGUAUCACCACCCUUCCUUAGGCAGCAAUGGCACCAACUUCAGCACCCAGAUCUCCAUGCUGACCAAGUGCUCGCCAAAGACACGCCGGUGCUCCAGCUUCCAGGCCGAAUUCUCUCUGGUGUGACAGGGAGAGGCUCUCCAAGUACUGAGCAUCCAAGGGAGAGAAGGAUCCCCAGGAACCAGCAACACAUUGACAAACCCUUGUGAAAUGACGUGCUCCGCAUGAGCCAAAAGAGGACAAAAUGCUGGAAAAGCCACUGGCAUCCAGAACAAGAUCAGACAAGCUAAGAGGCAGAGAAAUACUGUUCCUCUCCCUCUUUUCAGACCUUUCGCUCUGAGUUGGUGCCCUCAGGGGCUGAUAACUAUGAGUAAAGGUCCCUGUCACUUGAGGAGAGCCUGGGAGAUCCUAUUAUAAAUACUGAAGUAAGGGGGGAAAGGGAGGGGAGAGCCUGAGUCCUUGGUGGCUUUACCAGAACCGGCAUCUCUGAAACAGAUAAAUUGCACUUUUUAAAAGAUUACAAAAAUGAGCCAGUAAAGGAGAGAGGGAGGCAAGAAGUGAAAAAAAGAAAAUAAAUUUUAAAAACUUCUGAAUGUGCCAAAAGCCCAGCUAAGAGGUGGUGAUAAGGCACCAGAGAGUCAAAAACGGCAAGAAAGGACAGGAGGAACAUGAGCAGGAAGGGGAAAGGCCAGCGCAUGGCCCCCGCCCUGUGUUUUACCCAUGCGAAGAAAAAGCUGCAGCACCAGGAAAGCCCCUUGGAGGAUGUCCCGAUGUUGGAGCGAGUUCUGCUAAUUGCUCGCCAUCUUCGUUAGCAAAAGGUUUCCGAGCGCCGUUGGGUGCCCUCUGGAAAAACACUCACUGAGAAGGAGCAGCACAAAUGUCCUUCUCUGCACUGCGUUCAUGGCAUUGUGUCUUGUUUGGUUGUUUUCAAUGGACAGGAAACUCGAUUUGCAUGUAUAAAAACCAGGUACAGAUGCCAAAAGCGGAGAACGGCUGUGUUUUUCAUUCUUUUUAAGUUCACCCAUCGAUUUUGGUGCAUUACUGCACCCAGCAUCAUUAGGGAUCAGGGGAAAGCAAUUGGUCUGUAAUUCGUUUGCACUUGCUUAGCACACACUGCCAGGGAAGGGAGAUGUAGAACCCUGUAAUCCUUAAUUGAAUCAGACCUGCCAUAAGGAGCCACUCUCCAGAUGAAAAAAUUAGCUUCACAGCAGCAAGCAAAAUUGCUUUCAUCAAAACAAGGUUGCCUCAGCACGUAACUGGCACUCCAGGAGUCAGGAAGGAGCGAAGGAGCUAUUAAAUUGAUUUCUUCUUCAGCUUUUGCAGGGAACUUUCAUCCUGUGAUGAAGGCACUGUUAGAUCUUUAAGAUGUGCAUGUGCAUUUUACAUCUUUUUUUGAAGGUCUAAUAGUUUCCAUAUUGGGGCAAUCCCUAUUUGAGGAAUGUACAUAGAGCCUGCUAAAACCAAUGGAAUAGGUUUUUUUUUUCUUUUAUUUUCUUGAUGGAGGGGAUAAGGAGAAAGGUGAAACCAAAUCCCACUCAGACAUGCCAAGCUGGCAGCUCAUGGGGAAUCACAGCUCAAACUCCCAGGCCCUGCAUUUGAGGCAAUCCCACAAACCCAAACAUAGAAAAUAGCAGAUGCUCAUGGUUGUGUCCCACCCUUUUUGAUUUGGGGUUAUAUCAGUUUUACACUGGGUGUGGAAAAUCCAAGAUCUCAACUUUUCCACCAGGUACUAACAGCAACUGGACUUUCUUCAAAAUUAAGUUGUAGUUCAUCGAAGGGAAACUUCUUUAAUUUAAUGGUUUUUUUGCUUGUUUGCUUGCUUGUUUGAAACAUCUCCGAUUCGCUGCCAACAAACCACACCAAGGCCAGAAGGAGGGCUGCAGACCAGGACAUCCCAUUCCUUUCUCAGUUCUGAGGAGCUGUUGUUCCACUGCAUACCCCUCCCUGGAGCCAUACUUAUCAUCUGAGCUGGAUGCUACCAAAAUAUUUCUCCACAUAUGGGACUGAGGGCAGCAGAGAGGGACAAAGUUAGUAAGGGGCACAAGUGUGAUACAACUGCUCUGAAAGGUGGACAUGUACUCACGGGUUUCCAGCAAGCUAGCUCGGAUGCUAUCACAGUGUAACCAUGGCUAUCCAGCCUG